AGUACCAUUUUGAAAAAACCUUGGAGUAGUCUUAAUAAUUUCAAUAAGAAUCAAUAUCAAACGAAAAAUUUCAGAGUUAUAUUAUUCCAAUUUCUUUUUACAUCGAAAAGUUCUUAUUAAGUUAAAUAUUGAAUUAUAUUAUGAAAAAUAUGGUGUAUUUGUAUCUGUAAAUUAAAUUUUUAAAAUUAAUAAAGAGAGAUGAAAUAAUAGUAUUUAUGGUCGAAAACCUAAUUGGCUUUAUUAAAUCGUAUUUUUUAUUAAGCAAAAGUAGAAACUUAUUAUUUGUUUAAAUAAAUGUAUAUUUCUAAUUAAUAGUUCUAGCCUAUUUUAUAAUAAUGAACUUUUUCACAAAAAUUGAUCUUUCACAAAACAUUCUGUGUGAGUCCUAUAAUUAUUCCAUAGAAUUUAUAUAUUAAUUAAUAUUAAUUACAUCAUCAAAAUUAUUUAUCAUUUC